AUAGUAUUUUACUAUAUCGUAAACAUGGCGCGUAAUCAAAACAUCGCGUGUGUUGUAUUUAUUUGUAUUUUCAAUGCAAAUUCUAUAUCAGGGAAAGUAUUUAGCCGAUCUUUAAGUGAAUAUAGAAAUUUUCAACAACCUCAUAUAUUUUCGAAAUACGACAACUUAAAUUUAAGGAUAAGAAGGAGUAAUUCAAUAGAAAAUUCCAGUUCUGCUGACCAUGUGGAUACCUUUCAUUCAUCUAAUUUGUCAACAACCUCUUUCGCAUUGCACGGGGAAAGUGACAACGAGGCAUUUGUGCACUGGACUGGUAAAAAUAAUGAUACUGUUUUUGUUCUGACAAGAAGUCACAGGCAUGGUGCCAUUCAGUCCAGUACAUUAUGGAGGUCUGUAGAUUAUGGGGAAUCAUACAACAAAAUAGAUUUACCUGAACUGUUUUCAGUAACCUAUAUGUACUCAUCAGCAGCCGACAAAUCAAAGAUAAUUUUGUCGGAUUUAAAUCAGAGACAAUUAUAUAUAACAGAGGACACUGGUCAAACCUGGAGGCACGUGAAAUUAAACUUCUCUCCAUAUAGGUUACUGUUGCAUCCAUCAAUAGGAAAAAUAAUUCUAGCUUAUAGUCUCCGAGAAAUGAAGUUAUAUGUGUCAAAUGAUUUUGGUUCAUCAUGGACAUUGAUGAAGGAAAGGGUAACAGAGAGAUUCUUCUGGGCAGUAGAUGGUGUUGAUUCAAAUCCAUCUGUUGUACACAUGGAGCUUCAAGAUCCAAUGGGACCAGUUACUUAUUUUGCUUGCCUAGCACCAAAUUGUGAGGAAGUUGAUUUUGACAAGGCGCUAGGGACAAUAGAUUUCUACUCAUUAGUUGUAGAAAAUGAAUAUAUCUUUGUGCAGAAAUCCACAGAUGAUUUGACCUCAUUUCUGGUGUCCUACAAGAGAGGGCCUUUCAAAAGAGCAUACUUUCCAUCAAAUCUAACACCAUUGGAUUUUAAUGUAGUUGACACAAGUGAUAAUCAAGUGUUUAUAGCAGUAGAUCAUGAGGAAGAUAUAGCAAAUCUUUACCUAUCAGACGUAACUGGACAGUUUUAUGUGACAUCUGUAGAGAAUGUUGUUGGUAUGAGAUACCCAGGAAAGUUUGAUGUAGAUCUGGUCAAGGUGAAAGGGUUAAAUGGAAUUUAUAUUAUCAACAAGUUUGAAACAUCUCGUGUUGAUGGGGGCGUGUUUUCACAACGGACGUAUGUAACAUUCAAUAAAGGUGGGACUUGGAAACUGAUAAAUGUUCCUGAGGAAUCAAAACGAAACUGCUUUGAUCCAGAGAAAUGUAACUUACAUCUUCAUAUAGGAAACACAAACCUGUUUUUCCGGAUCCCGCUGGCAGUUAGCACAAAGGAAGCCCCAGGAUUAAUCCUCGCUCAUGGAAGUGUUGGAGAGUUCCUAGAUAUUGACGCGCAGGUGUUCAUUAGUCGUGACGCAGGACUCACAUGGAAAGCAGCACCAUUUAAAGGAAAUCAUUUUCUUAACAUUAUGGAUCAGGGAAGUGCAAUAUCAGCUAUAGCAGCCCAUGGUUUACCUACAAACCAAGUACAUUUUUCAUGCACAGAAGGUGCUACAUGGGUCACACACAACAUAACAAGCUCCGAGAUGAAUGUGGAUGGUGUAGUAAACGAGCCUGGUAUAAGAACUUUAAUAUCAAGUGUAUUUGGACAUAUGAACUCUAGUGAUGGUUGGGUCAUGGUGAAGAUGGACUUUGAGUCUGUGUUACACCGCCAAUGUAACCAUGGUGAUUUUGAACAAUGGCAACCUGCAGCAGAUCUUGUGGAAAAUAAGGUGAAAUGCAUUAUGGGAGAAAAUCUUGUAUAUGAGCGAAGAAAACAGUUGUCAGAAUGUUAUUAUGGGGCGGAUUAUUUGCGACCAAAGACUACACAGAUCUGUUCUUGUGGUAGAGAAGAUUUUGAAUGUGACUUUGGUUAUAAACUUGGUAGAGAUGAUACAACAUGUAUAAAAUCUGACUGGUUUAGUGAAGAUAAUUUUCCUUCAGCUCUUUGUGCUAAUGGGAACUAUAAUCAAACUAAAGGGUACAGAAAGGUUGCAGCUAGUAAAUGUACUGGAGGACAUGAAAUGAAAUAUCUACCAGUAGAGACAACAUGCCCCCUGUUGGCCCCGAAGGGUCUCAGUAUUUACAGUGAGAAGAUGUGUAUACAGAGGGGAGUUAAUGUCACCUUCACACUAACACAAGAGUCGGGUUCCGUGGAAGAGACAGUCUACACAUGGAGUUUUGGUAAUGGAAGUUCACAUGUGACAAUAAAAGGUCUACAGAAAGCUGCCUCCAUAACAACCUCGUUCAGCACAGUAGGAACUUAUAAUAUCACUGUACUUGCUAUAAAUAGUAAGGGAAAAGCACAAGCUGCUCUAACAAUACAUGUUGAAGAGGGAUUGAAAGGAGUGUUGGUUGAGAUACCAUGGGGAGCUAGGACUGACAUGCCAAGUUAUUUUAAUGUUACCGUCCUUGGCUCAGAUAAUAUCACAAAACUUGGAAAUGAACAGCCCCUCCAUUUUGCCUGGCAUUUUGAAAACAAAAUAACUGGUGCUAUUAGACAACUUACCUGGCAGAAUGUUAUACAACAAGAAUUUCAUGAACCUGGAGAGUAUAAACUCACACUUAAUGUAUUUAAUUCUGUCAGUUCUGUAUUCUAUACACAGUCUGUAGAAGUUUAUGAUGCCAUGACAACUGUCCGUAUACAUUUUUCGGAGGAGAUAAAUGAUUAUAACAGUAGCAGCCUGAAUGUGAGACAAGCACUGGCUGAAAUACUAUGUCAUAAUCUAGCACAGAUUUUGAAUAUUAGAAGAUCACGCAUAAUCAUGUCAGUGCCACCGACCCAACCAGUUGUUGGAGAUUUAACAGUACUUCCACCAAACAGGGAUGUCAAUGAAACAGAGACCUACCAGGUUGUUGAGAUGUUGAUUGACCAAGCUAAACAACAAUACCUGGCAUUCCCAUUGUUUACAAGUGAUGAUAUUGUUAUAAUUACUGACGCUGGAGUUCUUGACUUACGGACUGGGGCAGAAUCCUCCACGGUGCCACCUCCCCCAGUAACUGUCACUGUAGUUGUACCAGUCCAUGUAAACAUGACAACGGUGGAAGAGAAACAUAGUCUAGUGGCUGUUUAUAUAUCAGUACCAGUUCUUCUUGCAGUUAUAGGCCUUGCUGUGGCUAUUAUAUUUUAUUAUAGAAAGAAGUUAAAGUCGCACAAGAAGUAUUAUCCUAUAGUGAAGCAUAGAUCACGUAUUCACCAUGAUUCAACAUGUUCAUGCGGAGAGGAAGAUAUUUUGGGGCUAGAUGAUCCCGAGGAUACUAUCAUACCUGACUCAGAUUUUCCAGAUAACCAACCAACAUUGAUGAUUUUGAAUGAGCCACGCUCCGGACGAAAUAACAGAUCUCCAGAUCGUAUUGGACUCGUAAAUUGUUGACGACUGCUCAAGAGUAGGAACAGUGUAUAUAUGUAUAUAUCUUUAUGUGGUGUUUGAACAAAACUUGAAAAAAUUCAUCUGUUUUUAGAACAAAUGUCAGAUUUAUUGCUUAGUAGUUUUAGCAAGCCUCUGAUAUAUUUGUAAGUGGAGUUUGAACAAAUCCGUGUAACAAUGUUUUAUUCCAUUGUGGGUCAUGUGUAAAUAUUUGUGCAAUAAUGUAUAAAACAACAAAACAUUUUUUGUCUACUGAGUUAUGAUAGAUAAUUUAGUAACACAAACUUAUUGAUUUGUAUACCUUACACAGCUGAAAUUAUGCAGUCCAUUAUGCUGUGCUUUGAUUUUGAAACUGUCCAUUUUUAGUUAAAGGGGUUUCGUUAUCACAGUACUGUAUUUUCGCAGUAAACAUUAGAGUCUAAUAAAAAAGUGCAUCAAUGUGAAAGCUAGCCUGGCUCUUUCCUGGUGAAACACAGUCUGUUUUUAUUGCUAUUUUCCCUCAGAAGAUAAAUUUGUUACACAUUAUUCUACGUUAAAAUCUUAAAAUUCCUGCAUUCAUAUUGGAGUUGUUCUUUCUUACAUGUACUGAACUGAUUUAUUUGUGUGGCAUUAAUCAUACAUACAUAUGUAUGUACAUAUAACAUAAAUCCAUGCAAAUAUACCUUCACAAUUGUACAAAUGUUUACAAAGUUAAAAUGCUGUAUAUAUUUGAAUCAUGCUAUUCCAAAGCUCUUUAAUGUCAGUCAAUAUUAUUAUUAUUUUUUUCGAGGGAGAGGGGUCUGGGGGGUUAAGUUUUUAUAUGAUAAAGUAAAUGAUGAGUUGAGUGUUUUUAACUUACAUAUUUAUAGUUUUACAAUUUAUAAAUGAUGUGUACUUCCUAUAUACACCAUUUCAACAGUGAAUUAAUAAAUGACUAUGAAAUCAUUGUUUAUUUAGUUAUAUUAAGUUAGUGUAAGUUAGAUCUCACAAUCUUAGUGAUUUAUAAUUUUCAUGGCAUAUGGUUAAUGACAUGUAAAUUUGCCUGAUUUGGUGCCAAUCUUAGAAAUGUUUGAUAAGCUUAGAGGUAGCACUAUUGAAUGUUACUGUAAGACAAUAAGAAAAUUUGUUGUUUUUUGGUUUAAUAAACAUGGGCUAUAUCUCACCUCCAAGAGUAACUUUCUUUUAUAUUUUCACUUGAGCUUUGAAAACUAUUCAAAUUCUUAUUGCUUAUAGAGAGAACCAAUUUGGUGUAAACAAAUAUCAUGUAUAGUUUUAAUUGAUAAUAUUUCAAUAAUUAGUUUGUCAGCAAUUUUAUAUAAGUAGCCAUGACAUGUUUGGGCAUUAAGGGAGUUCAUCAAAAAUUGUUCUAGAUGAAUUACUGUUCAAAUGAAAUUAUAAUUUAGUAUAAAUUGUUUGUAGGUAAGAAUGAGUUAACUGAGAUAUGAAUGGAAUAAUGAUUUAUUGUGUAGAUAUUAAUGAUUUAUAAAUCAUGUUGAUUUACCAGAGAUAUAUGUUUAUGGUAGUGAUGUUUAUGGAAUUGUAAUUUAUUUAUGUAUAUUUAUGAGUGAUAAUGCAUAUAAGUAAAUGUAGUCAAUUAACCUAUAACCUACAUAAUGUGUAUAAUAGAUUUGCCCAGCAUGAAAUUUGUUAUAUCAAAUUACAAAAAUUGAACUAGGGAUAUUAUAGUGCCUCGUCAGACUGCCCACAGGUACCGGCUGGUCUGGCUCUAUACUGGCCUCGUCAGACUGCCAACAGGUACAGGCUGGUCUGGCACUAUACUGAUGGCAAAGACUUAAUGUUCUAACAGGGUACAGGUUAACGUCAUCAUGAAGUAUGGAAGUAUGGUGUAUUGUUGGUAAUUUAUGAUUUAAUUGAUGUUAAAUUGAUGAUUAAUCAUAAUGAUUUAUCUGUCUGCAGAAGAUACAUGAGACAUUAUUUGAUGCUGCAUUAUAAAGACAAAUUAUCACCUUUAAGAGGUAAACCACCAUAAUUUCAUCUUUUAUCUCUUCAUUUAAAUGAUUAUAAUGAAGAGUUAUUUACUGAUCUAUUUUCGAAAUCAAUGAUGAAAUUGUGAUGAUUCAAAUUGAAGGUUAAAUGGUUAAAUCAAGCUGUAUUACAUUAAAGAUAAAUGAUAGAAGUAUGGUGGUUUACUUAUUAAGGGAGAUAAUAUGUCUUUAAUCUUUAUUACUCUAUAUAUAUGAUGUUUGAUGGAUUUGUAAUGAUCUAAAUGUUUUUAUUCCUGUAUAUAACUUGUAUAGAAUGUCAACACUGAUAAAUGUGCUAUAAGUGUAAAAUGUGUACAUAAAAUAUUAGGUAUUACUUAAUAUGUCUGCAUUACAUACAUAAGGUCACUAUUGUAAACUUUGAUUAAGUCUUGAAAUUGCUACAUUCUAAUGUCUUAAUAAUAAAUUAUCCUUUAAAUUGUCUUUAUAACUCGGUCAUGGAUGCCCUACUAUGACUUGCAUUUCUUAAUACCUUUGACAUUAUUGAUUUGCAUUUUCUAACGUUUUAUUAAAAACAAUUCUACCAAAAAUCCUGUCAUUUCAGGUCCUAGAACAAAAAAGAUAAGUGUUUGUAACUAUAGUAUAGAGCCAGGUCAGCUUUCAUGUCCAUACACACAGACCAGGUUAUAUACUGAUGGCUGACCAACUAUAUUUUUACAUCCUAAUAGUUCCAAUUUUAUAACAGACAGUUCCAAAAUUGAAAGUUGGACAGUCCAUUUAGGAGAUUAAUUAAGCAGAGUUAGGGUUUAAUGUGAUAAAAUGAUUUGUAAUAGUACAGUUUUGAACUCAUGAAAUCAAAUGUUUAGUGUAAUUGAUAAAAUGACUAACAACAAGAUAAAUAUUUCUUGCAUAGCAGACUGGCGUUUCCGUGAGUUUUACCCAUGCCGGAAAUUUCAUCUGGCAUGGGGGGUGCCAGAUGAGUCGCGUGCCAUACAACAACGUCAUUUUAGCUCCAUUUAUGAAUGAACCGCGUUAAAAUGACGUCAGUUUAGAAGGGAAAUAUGUGCUUAGGAUGACGUCAUUUCGCCGUUGUUAUUUAAGUUGUAAGUUCAUACGCUAUUGUAAGAAAAUAGUUAUGGAUGAAAUGACUUUAAUUUCCAUGAACAUUUAUCAUAUUGAGGUAAACCAUUUUAAAUAUGAAAUAAUAUGGCAG